AUGGGAGACAUGGAGUUCACUAAACCUCAUUAUUCUGCAAUUUUUCUUGAAGAUCCUCCUGCAGCCUACAGUGACUUGAAAUUCAUUGUGGAUGGUUUGAAUAAAUCAUGCCUGGUUCAUUGCUUAACUACAAAUCCUGCUAUCUACCAAAGUUUGAUUAAGGAUUUCUGGAGAAAUGUUGAAGUAAAGAAGAAUGAUCGAGGUGAAAAAUUUUUGGAAACAACAAUCGAAGACAAGAAAAUUCUAGUUACAGAAAGCAUCAUUAGAGAAUCUCUUCAAAUUGAGGACAGACCUGAGUACCUCAUGGAGAUUGACGUUCAUCAAAUUGAGAAAAUUUUAGAGCAUAUGGGAUACGAAGGAACUUUUCCUCCUACAAUCAAAAAGCCGCUUCCUCCAUGCUGGAAGCUUUUGGUUCAUGUGUUCGUAAGUUGCGUUUCUGGCUGCAGAUCAGGAGCUCAUGAGAUUUCUCUAGCCAAUACUGGUGCCAUUGUUGCAUUGGCAGCAGGUUUUGAGUUUAAUUUCUCAAAAUUCAUAAUGAAUGAAAUUAUACUAAAUAUUGAAGGAAGCAAAAGAGACAAAUUUUGUAUGUAUCCAAGAUUUCUACAAAUCAUCCUUAACGUAACUCACCCCGAGUUGCAGAGAGGAAAUGAUACUCUGGAUUUCAAAUCCAUUGGUCCAAGUUCCUUUGGAUUAAUAAAGCAAAAGAGAGGCGGAAAAUUUGUAUUUGAAGGAAAAUUUCCAUUAAUAAAAUUUGGAAUUUUUAAAGAGCAUGUCAGAGAAGAAGCAGAAGAUCAAUCCAUGCCGAUGGAAAAUGAAGAUACUCAUCACUCUCCCUCCAAGCCUGUAGUGGAGGAUAUUCAUCACUCUCCCAUAGCUUGUGUAGCUGAUGAGCAUGAUUAUCAGAAAGCAAAUGAUUCAAUAUCUUCUCGAGGGGAUGAUGACAAUGAUCUUUAUGAAGAUGUAGAGUUUUUGAAAGAAAUCGACUUUACAGGAAUCAAUGAUGACAUUCCAGCAAACAUCGAGUUUGAUCUUGUUGAUGAAGAUUUUGAUCCUUUUCUUGAUAUUCCCAGCAACGGUGUAAAUAAAGUCAAUGAAGUUGCUUCUCUAGCAACCCAGACUAGAGAUGAAGGAAAUUCUCUCAAAAUUCAGCUCUCUAGCUCAAAGCCCUUGGAAAUCACAACAAGCCAAGGAGAUGUACCCUCUGUGAAAUGUGCUCCUCAAAUUAUUUCAACAAUCACUGCAACCACUGCUCACUCUCCUUCAAAGCAGACUGAUGAAGGUCCAAGCACCAUGUUUGAGACUGGUGGAUCCUCUUCUAUUCCAGAAUAUUCUCCAACACGACCUUCUCUUGAUGAAGCAUCUAGCAGAUUAGUAAAACAUUUAGCUCAACCUAGUCCAACCUCUUCACGCGGAAAAGGAAUAUCAUUUAACGAGGGUCGGACAGAUGAUGACAAAUCCUCUUCAUCUAAUCUCCGAGAAGAAAUUGGAAUUCUCCGUCAACAGCUCAAUUAA